CCCAUUCUUUGAGAUUUGAGUCUCUCUCUCUCUCUCUCUCUCUCUCUACUAAUUUUCAGUUGGGGCUUCUGUUCUGUAACGGUUUGGCUCUGGUCUCAGUGGAGGGAGGGAACCCCAUUCUACUGAGAGAUAAUCAGGUGUAUGUCGCACCAGCUUCCCCUUCUUUCCUAAACCAAUAAGUUAAUUCCACGUGUUCGAUAAAUUAAAAUUAGGAAAAAUAAAUAAUGACCUAAUUUAUUCUAAUUAUACAAUUUCCCUGCUCUUGCUCUUGCUUUUGCAGCCUCACCAUUCCCGCCCAACUAGUCCUUAUAAAUUCCUUUUUUCUUGAUUUCCUUUGCUUCUCUCCCAGUCUCAGUCUCACGCUUAAUUUAUUUCUUCUGUUCUGAGGUUCAUCAGGUCGGUUUCUAUUCUCUAAUCUUUUGAGAAUUCCAUUUCUGAUAUCGAUUCUGGAUUGUUCAUUUGCUCUUUAUUUUCUGUUUAUUUAAUUUUAAUUACUUUCACACUCAAAUUUCUCAUCAUUAUAUUUUCUUAAUUUAAUUUGAACCUGUUUCAUUCGUUCUAGAAGAUUCUGUAACUUAGAACUUGUUUCUAAGAUUUUCUUUUUCCUGUUUGUUUCUCGGGAAAAUUUCAGACACAAAUGGAGAACGACGCGUCUCCUCCAUCAACCACCACCGCGGCAUCAACUCCACCGCGUGAAGAAACUGUCAAAACUACUCUUCACCUCGAAAACCAAAACUUCGGCACCGACUUCGCUUCCCUCUACCACUCCAUUUUCCCGCCAAAAUCACCAUUGCCGACCACCACCUCGAUCUCCCUCAUGAGCAGCCCUUCCACGUGUUCCUCCUCCAUCGACGACGCCGUUUCGUCCACUCAGAACCGCCUCAACCAAGCUCGAUUGAUCCUCCAGUACCAAGAACUCAACGACCACUACGAUCUCUGCCGAGCUCGCCUCAUCGAUCUUCUCUCUGAGGCCGAGUCUCUCCGCCACGAGAACGCCGAGCUCCGCCUCGCUAACGCCGAGCUUCUCAAGCUUCUCUCAUCCCAAGCCUCAUUCCACAAUCUCCUCCUCUCUUCUUCGUAUCCAAACCGCUCUUUCCUCGAAGACCUUCGCCGCCUCUCCACCGAAGACGAAGAACACUCCGAUAACCGUACCAACCUGUUCGAUAACCGGUUCUCGCUCCCCAAGAGCAUCUCGGUCCGGUCCACUGGUUUCACCAAGGCGAACCUCCCUCCUCCUCCACCUCCUGUUGCUAAUACUGGUCCGACUCUGAGUCGCUCCUCGACUCGGUCACGUGCCCCGCCGAGUCAACUCGGCUCUGCAUCGCAGCAGCAGCAGCAGCAAAGGGUGUACAUGGCAGGGAAGGGAGAGGAGGAUAAAGAGGCAGUGGAGUUGGAGGUAUACAAUCAAGGGAUGAUGAAGACAGAGCUGUGCAACAAGUGGCAAGAGACCGGCACGUGUCCAUACGGUGACCACUGCCAGUUCGCUCACGGCAUCACUGAGCUACGUCCUGUCAUCAGGCACCCACGCUACAAGACCGAGCUUUGCAGGAUGGUCCUUGCCGGCGACACCUGUCCCUACGGCCACAGGUGCCACUUCCGCCACACUCUCACCGACCAAGAGAGGUCCUUCUUGCUCGCCCCACCUCCACGUUGAUAGAUACUAUAACAUUUUCCAACUAUAUACUACUACCUACUCAUAUAACACAUCAUCAUCAUAAUGAUGCUUGAACCUGCACUACGCUGUUUUGGGAUUGUACAUAUUUUUCAUCUUUUCAUAUUGUAGUAGUAAAUAAAAGGACAAAAUAAGACCACAAUUGAAAAAAUGAGAAAAAAAAAAAAGGGAAUAAAAGACACUAUUGAAGAAGAAGAAGAAGAAUAUGUAUAUUAGUUAGUUAGUGUUAGCUUGUAUGAUGGGAAUGUUGGUACCGUGGUUUUAUUGUUGAAGAAGAAAAAAAAAAAAAAAA